AAAAAAUACAGAGGGUGGUGUUUCCAACUUUCAUUUCUGAACAAAUUUAAGGAAUGCUGUCUAGAAAGCUCAACCAACAACUUGGAAAACCUGUUAAAUCCUUAACUGGGUGGUUACUGACCAAGUUCUUCUUAUGGCACAACCGCGUCCUGGAAGAAAAUGCAGUGAAGCUCGCUGAGAUUCAGCCAGAUGACACAGUCCUGGAGUUGGGUUUUGGGCUCGGGCUGGGGCUCCAGGCAGCUGCUCCUCUCCUCACAGGCCCUAGGGGAAAGCUGUUUGGGGUUGAUUAUUCUGAGUACAUGUUCACAAAGGCCAGUGAAAGGAUGAGGGCUGAGAUUGAAUCUGGAAAGGUUACCCUCUUCAAUGGCAACAUCAUGGCCAUGCCCCUGCCUGACGGCUGUGUUGACAAGGUCUACCACUGCAAUUGCUACUAUUUCUGGCCUGACCUGAAGGCUGGAACCUCAGAAAUCCACAGGGUGAUGAAACCAGGUGGUCUCAUGGUGACAACUCUCAGACUUUCCUCAAUCAUGAAGUUAGCAUCAUCAAACAUUCUCCUAAAUGAUAACUGGAAACCCGAGGUCUUCAUGGAGGCCCUGCGAGCUACUGGAUUCUCUGAUGUUCGAAUGGAGAACAAGCAGGACAAGAAAAUAGUUUUCCAAGCCAUUUAUGCCACUGCUUCGAAAUGAUGCUUCUAAUAAGCAUUGCUUCUUUGAAAGCUUUGUUCAGGAAAAGACAACAGUACCUGGCAACUUAUGCUGCUAAGUUCCAGUACAUUUACGCUGAUCACAACUUACUAUUUGAAAGUUAGUGUGAUGCUGAUUAUCAUCAUGGUACAGUAAUCUCACUUAAAGAUUGAAAUAACAUUUUUCAAGUAUUUUUUGUUUGUUUUUAUUGAUUCCUGUAUAUCUACAGUACAUAUGUUCAGGGGAAUUAAAAGUAGCUUUAUUGAUAGUAUUACAAAUAAUCAUGGAGAUAUCCAAAAUCCAUGCUCUUUCAACACAAUACCAUUCAGUGUUUGCUAGGUGUAGAAGCAUAAACAACUUAAAAUUUUCUAUGGGGCUGUUUUGUAGUGUAUGGCUGAUAACCCCACUAUUGUUUGAGCUAAAUUAAGGAAUAUUUUAGUAUUUUCAGUGUUCUUCCUCUGACUUUAAACUGUUUAUAAACACAUACUGUGUAACCACUAGAGCAUUAAUGUUAAUUUACUAAUUCUAGAUGGUAUUAAAAUGUGG